AUGAGCGUGCCCAAAAUCUCCCUCUCUCUGGGAGCCGGGCGAAAAGCUUCAGCGCCCACAAAUGGCGUCAAGCGCCCGCGCGCAGCACUGCACGAAGACGACGAUGAUCACGAAGAGCUUGGUCAAACCGAGACGGUGUCGCACUUCGACAAGACUGCAGGCGGUGCAGUCGAUGCCAGUCGCAAAAAGGAAGACACGGGCCCCAUGAUUAUUCCGAAGCAAACGAAUAGAGACUGGAAGGAAGCGGCCAAUCGGCGCAAACGACAGAAGAGUGGGCUACCUGAAGGCGCGGGUCGUGGACAGGAAGGUCUGGAUCAGAGGAUGGCAGAAGUCGAGGCGGCGGUGGAGGCUGCGAAGCCGGGCUUUGGACUGAACACAUACAACUCGAAGGCUACGGAGACGAAUGAAGAGGCCGUGCUUGGGGACGCGGAUGCUGCGUCGAAAGCUAUGGACGCCGUAGAGAAGUCGCAACAGCUUCCGCCGGAACCUGACGCGGAGGGCGUUUCGCUUCGGAAGAGGACAGAGGAUGAGCUGGCGAGAGAUGCUCUGCUCGGACAUACAACGGACACCAGUCUUGUUUUACCAGCGGAAGGGAAUGCUUUCAAGAACGACUACAAUUCUGCACCGCCCAUGGCAUCUCUAGACGACUAUGCUCGCGUACCGGUGGAGCAAUUCGGCGCCGCUCUACUCCGCGGCAUGGGCUGGAAGGACGGCGAAGGUGUAGGCAGCCAACGAGGAGUCAAGCUCGCCAAGAAUGCGAACAAGGUCCCUGCUCGACGAGCAGCGCUCCUAGGAAUCGGAGCGAAGGAAGACGCGGCCAUCGCUGGAGAAAUGGGAGCUUGGGGCAAAGCUGCAAAGGGCAAGGACGCGAAGAUCUACAAUCCUGUGCUGUUGAAGGAUAAGAGGACCGGAGAGAUGUUCACAGAGGAGGAGCUGAAGCUGAAGAAGGAGAAGGAGGAGCGAGAACUAUACGAAAUGGAGUUCGAGAAGAAGGAGAAGGAGCGACGGAGAGCGGAUCGAAAUGGCGGCAGUGAUGAGAGGGACAGGCGGCGGGACAAGGACGAGGGGAGGAGGAGGGACCGGAGCAGGGAUCGAGACCGGGAUAAGAGGAAGUAUGAUAGUGAGAGUGAAGAGGAACGUCAACGGAGGAAAGACAAGGAGCGGAGGAGAAGACGGGAGCAUGAGCGGGACGGAGGUGAUGAACGAGAUCGAGACCGACAUCGCUCUCGUCGUGAUGAGGGCGACAGGCAUCGUGAUCGAGACCGCGAUCAUCGACAUGACCGAGAUAGGGAUCGUCGGAGGUAG